CUUGUCUCGGGCAAGAGUCGGCAAGUUUUCCGCGCGCCAUCGCGUUUAUUCGACAUUUUUGUUUGGCCGGCGCUCAACGUGUCGUCGACGUCGCGCGUACCACGAGCGGUGCGUCGGUGUAUUGAAACGCUCCCGAAGCGCAUCAACGACGACAGGGUGUUCGCGUUUUAUAAAUAUCUCGUAGUUGGUGAUAGUGAACGUGAUUAUCUACGGGCACGGACGUCCAUAGGCGUUUUAUCAACGCGGAACACGAACGUGGCGAAACAAUUUCCUUUAUCUACGCGCCGUGCGGUGCGUCAUGCGCUAUCCGUGUCGGUUUGUUUGCGUCGACGACCGUUGUUGUAACCCGGUGUGUAAGUUGCACGUUUGAAUUUGCUUUACGUUUUCCUCGGUCGCUGUAGCUCAAGCCGUUGUAACCGUCGCGUUGAUCUUACCCGGUCGCUUGGUGAAAUGCCUACCAAUAAAUGUUACGUUUUAGAAUGCGAUAGUUCGAGAAAUACGACAAAACACGCGUUCCCCAAGAUUGAUGAUGAUUUUCAAUUAUGGGUUGAAAGAACUUGUAAUCCCAUUUUGAAAAACAUGUCAAAAGGCGACGUUCUCAAAAAAUGUGCAAUAUGCAGGAAACAUUUUGAUGAAUCUUGUCUAAGUCCAGGAACAAAGCGAUUGAAUUAUCGAUCUUUACCGACUUUGCACUUGCCAAGUAAUGCUAACGAAAUAUAUAUAUAUAUGUGUUGCAUAUUUUUCUGAAAGUAAUAUCUGUUAAAUUUCUAAUUUUAAUUUUUAGUUAGUUCGCUACAUUUAAAAAGCCAUAAUCGACCAGGUAUUGGAUACAAAUUAUAUUUUAACUUAUUAAAUACAUAAAUUCAUAUUAUAUAUAAUUACUUCCUUUUAAUAGCGACUGAUAAAACGCAGAAUUUAAGUACUUCGACUACUAGUUCAGGUGAUCGGACUACUAUUUUAAAAUUAGUUUCAGCUACAGGUACUUUGUUGAUCUAUACAAUUGUAAUUUUUCAAACAAAAAUUGUAUAAAUAAUGUUAUAUUAUUAUUGUUUACUUUUUACAGUUACUAAUAAAACGCAGAAUUUCAGUAUACCAAUCACCAGUUAUGAUCAAGCCCCUAUUUUUAAAUUCGGUUUGACAACAGGUAAUUUGUUUACUUAUACGAAUAACAAUUUUCAAACGAAAGUUAUAUUAAUAUAUAUUAUUCAUUUUUAUAGUGAAAGCUGAACCAGGGAAUGCAAGUAUUUCAACUAUCAGUAAUGAUAACACUUCUUCAAGUUUAGAUACAUCUCCUAAUAAUACUCAUAUACCUCUAUCACAACAACCUAAAUAUGAUGGCAUUCUAAACAGAGUUUCUGUUAGAAGAUCACAGUUAACACCGACAUCAAUGAAACUUUAUGAUGAAAUAAAAAAACUAAAACGUCAAAAACAAAGGCUAAAGAUAAAAUCUUUGAAUUAUAAAAAAAAAUUUAAAAAUGCCAAAAAAAAUUAUGGAUUAGAAAUUUUAGCCCAAAGAGUUAAUUCUGUUACCUACAAAUUUAUACAAUCCCAGUUGCGUAACCAACAGAAAACCCCUCGCGGACAAAGAUUCACAGAUGAUGAUAAAAUUUUAGCGAAUUCUAUCUAUAAGCAAAGUCCAGCGGCUUACCAGUACUUAUCUACAAUAUUUGCCUUGCCUUCUAAAAAAACAAUUAAACGUUUGUUGGGAUCUGACCCUGUUAAUACUGAAAUUAAUAAUACUUCUAUAAUAGAACAUUAAAAUAAUCAAGCCAGUCAAUUUGAGAAUGAUGUUAAGAAAUAUAUAUUACUUGUAUACAUAAUAUAGCCCACUUGUUUGCAUUUUAUUCAUUCAUUUAAAACACUGUUGAUUAAUAAUCCAAAAUCCAUCAAAUCUCUUGGGUCACUGAUAAAUUGGGAAUGAAAUUUAAAAAAUAAUAAUUAGUAUUAAAAAAAACUUACGUCAUCAUUUUUGUUAAAACGACGGGGUUAUGAUGAAUUUUGAUUAUUUAAAGAUAGAUUUAUGUUCCACAAAGAAAUGGAAUAGGUCAGUAACCUUUUGGUUUAAAGUACUUUAAAGGCAACAUGUUUUUAUUUUUAACUGCGGUCAACUCAUAAGUUACAACGUAUUUUCCACAAAUUUAGUAGUUUCGACUUACUUUUUAUUCCAUUUAGCGCUG